CUGAUUCACGUGAGUCAGAGGCAACACGUUGCGAGUAUACACAGCGUCGCAGCUCUUCCUUUAGCGGGACUUACAUUGUUUUUUACGACAUUAUUCCGCGUCCAGUCACCACGACGUUGCGCAGACUUUUCUCCAGAGUCGUCUGCUAUUCCCACACCAACAACAACAACAACAACAACAACAUGGGGAAGAGAAGCAGGCAGCGGCAGAAAAACCAGACCCCUGGCAGGGACGACAGAGACAACGCAGACUGGGGAACUGGCUAUGCCGACAUAGUCAAGGAGAAUAAGCUGUUUGAGCACUACUACACGGAGCUCGGCCUGGUGCCCGGUGGAGAGUUUGAACAGUUUAUGGAUGCAAUGAGGGAGCCGCUGCCAGCAACCAUCCGCAUCACUGGAUACAAGAGCCAUGCCAAGGAAAUCCUCCACUGUCUGAAGGAAAAAUACUUUAAGGAUAUCCAAGAGGUGGAGAUCGAUGGUCAGAAGAUUGAGGCUCCACAGCCUCUGUGCUGGUAUCCCGAUGAGCAGGCCUGGCACACCAACAUGAGCAGGAAGAUCAUCAGGAAGUCUCCCCUGCUGGAGAAAUUCCACCAGUUUCUGGUCAGCGAGACCGAGUCGGGUAACAUCAGCCGACAGGAAGCUGUCAGUAUGAUCCCGCCUCUCCUCCUGAAGAUCGAGUCGCACCACAAGAUCCUGGACAUGUGUGCAGCUCCUGGGUCGAAGACGGCCCAGCUGAUCGAGAUGCUCCAUUCCGACAUGGACGUGCCGUUUCCAGAGGGCUUUGUCAUUGCCAACGACGUGGACAACAAGCGCUGCUACCUGCUCGUGCACCAAGCCAAGCGCCUCAACAGCCCCUGCAUCAUGGUGGUCAACCACGACGCCACCUGCAUACCCACGCUCCAGAUCGAAUCGGGCGGCAAGAAGGGCAGCCUCUUCUACGACCGCAUCCUGUGCGACGUGCCCUGCAGCGGCGACGGCACCAUGAGGAAGAACAUAGACGUGUGGAAGAAAUGGACGACCAGCAACAGCCUGCACCUCCACGGGCUCCAGCUGCGUAUCGCAGUGCGCGGCGUCGAACAGCUGGCUGUGGGAGGGAGGAUGGUCUACUCCACCUGUUCACUCAACCCUAUAGAGGACGAAGCCGUCAUCGCAGCGCUGCUGGAGAAGAGCGAAGGGGCGCUGGAGCUGGUCGACUGCUCCGCCGAUCUGCCCGGGCUGAAGUGGAUGCCCGGGGUCUCCUCCUGGAAGCUGAUGACUAAAGAGGGCCACUGGUUCGCGGACUGGUCCGAGGUUCCGAGCCACCGGCGCACGCAGAUCCGCCCCACCAUGUUCCCGCCGACGGAGCCGGAGAAACUCGCCGACAUGCAUCUGGAGAGAUGUAUGAGGAUUCUGCCACAUCACCAGAACACUGGCGGUUUCUUUGUGGCUGUGCUGGUGAAGAAAGCCCCCAUGCCCUGGAACCGAAGAUAUCCCAAGCUGAGGAAGGACGUCUCGUCCGGCUCGGCGGCCCAGACCGAAGGCUCCCCGGCGGCCUCGACCCCCGCGGACGCCCCCCGCCUCACCGAGAGUGCUCCGGUGGAGGAGGAGGAGAGGGAGGGGGGAGGCCCAGAGGGAGAUGUAGAGGAGGAGGCGCCCAACGGAGCUUCCUCUGCCCAGGAGAGCGCGGCUAAACAAGAUGGAGUGUGUGGGCCUCCAGCCUCCAAGAAGAUGAAGCUGUUUGGUUAUAAAGAAGACCCCUUUGUGUUCCUAACUGAAGAAGACCCCGUCUUCAUCACCAUACAAUCUUUUUACAACCUGGCACCGAACUUCCCCAAGCUCAACGUCCUGACCCGGACCCACGACGGCAAGAAGAGGAACUUGUACAUGGUGUCCAAGGAGCUCCGCAACGUGCUGCUCAAUAACAGCGAGCGCAUGAAGGUCAUCAACACGGGCGUCAAGGUGUGGUCUCGCAACAGUGAUGGGGAGGAGUUUGGCUGUCCCUUCAGACUGGCCCAGGAGGGCAUCUACACUCUUCAGCCGUACAUCCGCUCCAGGAUCAUCCGAGUGAGCGUGGAGGACAUCAAAGUGCUGCUGACCCAGGAGAACCCCUACCUCAGCAAACUGGAGGAUAACGCCCACGCUCAGGCCAAGAAGCUGGUAAUGGGUAGCAUCGUGCUCAAGUACAUCCCCAACCCAGAUAACACAGAGGACCCUCAGUGUCCCAUCCAGCUGUGUGGCUGGAGGGGGAAGACGUCCAUCCGAGCCUUCGUGCCCCGCAACGAGAGGUUUCACUACCUCCGGCUGCUCGGCGUGGAGGUCUUCAGAGAAAAACAGGGCGUCGGGAAGGAGGGAGAGAAAGAAGGGAAGGAAGAGCCUGGAAAGGUCGCCGGGGAGGAAGAAGCAGCAGCAGCGGCGGCGGCGGUGGAGAAAGAGGCCGAGCUGGACUUGGAGAACGGGGACGAAAACGCAUCAUCGGAACCAAAGAAGUAGCGGCGGAGCAUGUCGGGGAGGCGGGAGAGAGAAAGGAGGACUGACUGGAGACAUAUCGGAGCUCCAGGAGCUGUUGAUCAGGUCAAAGACCGCGUUGUGUGGAGGAGGAGGAGGAGGAGGAAGAAGAAGAAGAAGA